AUGGGGGCCUACAUUUACAGAGGAGAUUAUAUUGAAAAUCUACGAAAGGAAAAAGAAAAGCAGAAGGAAGAUCAAGAGGGAGAUGAUGCAGAAGAGGAAGAUGAGUCUCUCAAUCCUGAAAACAUUCCUUUGUGCUAUUAUGUUGGUGAUUGGAAAGAUGGCAUAAAAAAUGGUAAAGGACGAAUGCUUUAUCAUAAUGGAGAUAGAUUCUAUGGCGAAUAUGUAAACGAUAUGAAACAUUGUGAACGAGGCAUAUAUCUUUAUAGUAACGGUGAUAUGUUUGUUGGACAGUUCAAAAACGACCUAAAGGAUGGAAACGGAGUUUACACUUUUUCAGCUGACGGAUCUAGUCUGGACGGCACUUGGAAAGAAGGACAGUUUGUUGAGGGCACAUGGAAUUGGAAAGAUGGAAAGAUCGCCUUCAAGUCCACCGACUUCACUUCAAAGACAAUUUCAGGAACCUUUUCAUUUCAAAAUUUCAAAGCCUCUGGAUCUUUUGUUGAUCAAAAGUGGCAGCUCUCAAAAAUUUCAUUAUAA